UUUGCUUUAAAGAGUAGUUACUGUGUGAACUUGGUACUGGAAACUGGGUUUCUUCCUAGUCUCAAUGCCCCAGGCUUUCUCCAAAAAUAAUAAUAUUUUCUUGGUGUGUUUUACUUUUCUAGUUAAUAUUUUUCUUUUGUAUGAUCUUAGCUUUACAAGGACCCAGAAAUAGUAUCAAAGGAAUCAGAGUCAAGAUACUCCUUAUUACCCCUUACCUUCCAGUUGCACCUGUCAUGAAAGUCCCAGAUGGAAAUUUUAGAUGAAAUUGGUUUUAGCUUCCCAGGCCAUCAGGGCUAGUUCCUGUGAUUUAAGUUAGGUUUUAUUGUUAAUUUAAAAAAUUUCUUUAUUAAAGUAUGAUACACAUACUUCAAAGGGUACAAAUCAUAAGCUUAAAGAAUUACCACAAGAUGAGCACAUUUGUGUAAUCAUCUGGAUCAAGAAAUAGAACGUUACCAGGAGCUCCUUCUGGUGCUCUAUUCCAGUCACUACUCCCAACCUCUUCUUCAUGGCCGACCACUGUCUUGACUUCUCUUAAUUAUUUUCAAGGGUGGACUUUAAUGUUCCUAUGAAGAACAACCAGAUAACAAACAACCAGAGGAUCAAGGCCGCCAUCCCAAGCAUCAAAUUCUGUUUGGACAAUGGAGCCAAGUCAGUUGUUCUUAUGAGCCACCUGGGCCGGCCUGAUGGUAUCCCCAUGCCUGACAAGUACUCCUUAGAGCCAGUUGCUGUAGAACUCAGAUCUUUGCUGGGCAAGGAUGUUCUGUUCUUGAAGGACUGCGUGGGCCCAGAAGUGGAGAAAGCCUGUGCUGACCCAGCUUCUGGUUCUGUCAUCCUGCUGGAAAAUCUCCGCUUUCAUGUGGAGGAAGAAGGGAAGGGAAAAGAUGCUUCUGGGAACAAGAUUAAAGCUGAGCCAGCCAAAAUAGAAGCCUUCCGGGCUUCACUUUCCAAGCUAGGUGAUGUCUAUGUCAAUGAUGCUUUUGGCACUGCUCACCGAGCCCACAGUUCCAUGGUGGGAGUGAAUCUGCCACAGAAGGCCGGUGGUUUCUUGAUGAAGAAGGAGCUGAAUUACUUUGCCAAGGCCUUGGAGAACCCAGAGCGACCCUUCCUGGCCAUCCUGGGCGGAGCUAAAGUUGCAGACAAGAUCCAGCUGAUCAAUAACAUGCUAGACAAAGUCAAUGAGAUGAUUAUUGGUGGUGGAAUGGCUUUUACCUUCCUUAAAGUACUCAACAGCAUGGAGAUUGGCACUUCUCUGUUUGAUGAAGAGGGAGCCAAGAUUGUCAAAGACCUGAUGUCCAAAGCUGAGAAGAAUGGUGUGAAGAUUACCUUGCCUGUUGACUUUGUCACUGCUGACAAGUUUGAUGAGAAUGCCAAGACUGGCCAAGCCACCGUGGCUUCUGGCAUACCUGCUGGCUGGAUGGGCUUGGACUGUGGUCCUGAGAGCAACAAGAAGUAUGCUGAGGCUGUCGCUCGGGCUAAGCAGAUUGUGUGGAAUGGACCUGUGGGGGUAUUUGAAUGGGAAGCUUUUGCCCGGGGAACCAAAGCUCUCAUGGAUGAGGUGGUAAAAGCCACUUCUAGGGGCUGCAUCACCAUCAUAGGUGGUGGAGACACUGCCACUUGCUGUGCCAAAUGGAACACAGAGGAUAAAGUCAGCCACGUGAGCACUGGGGGUGGUGCUAGUCUGGAGCUCCUGGAAGGUAAAGUCCUUCCUGGGGUGGCUGCUCUCAGCAGUGUUUAAGUGUUUUCCUGCCCUUUGGUUCCUGUGCACAGUCUAAGUCAACUUAGCGCUUUCCCUCAUAUCUCCACUUGGCAUUAGCUAAAAUCUUCCCCCAUGUCAAGAUUCAGCUAGUGGCCAAGAGAUGAAGCACCAGGAACCCUUAAACAGGUUCACAGCAUCUCAGCUCAUCUUUAUUGCACCCUGGAUUUUCCUACAUUCUUCAAGAUCCCAUUUGAAUUUCUUAGUGGCUAACCCAUUGUGCUUUCUAGUGUGUAUAUUUAUAUUUUGCCUGUUAAAGGAAAGUGAGCUGUGUUAGUUCAGUUCUUUUUUAAGUUGCUUACUCUGAUUAGCUUUGUCACUGUUUUAUUAUUGGCAUGGAAAGAAGAUGAAAUUCCAGCUUUAGGUAGGGAUGAGGACAAAGUUGAUCAUCUGUUAAAUAAACAAUAAAAUUGUCCAUUUAAACUGGCA